CAGCCAGCCACACCACUUGCAUUAGCCUAAAGCCACCCGUCUAAACCCCGGAGAUACACUGGUGCUUGAACUGAUUUUCCAGAGGCAGCAUGGACAUCAAGGAGUAUUUCACCAGAAUUUCUUACCAUGGCUCCUACGAUAAGCGGGACCUGGCCACUUUGACGGAUAUAUUCCAGCACCACAUCCGAGCGGUCCCUUUUGAAAACCUCAGCAUCCACUGUGGGGAAGGCAUUGAGCUGGACCUGGAAGCAACUUACAAGAAGAUAGUGGGGAAGAAACGCGGGGGCUGGUGCAUGGAAAACAACCACCUUUUGUCUUGGGUCCUGAAAACCCUUGGCUACGACGUCACCCUUCUGGGAGCAAAAGUUUUUGUCCCGGAGUUUGACGCGUAUGCAAAAGAAAUCGAUCAUCUACUGCUAAAAGUGAUGCUUGAUGACAAACCUUACAUUGUGGAUGGUGGGUUUGGGAUGACCUACCAGCUGUGGCAGCCGAUGGAGCUGAUUUCAGGAAAAGACCAGCCGCAGGCUCCUGGGGUCUUUCGUUUCCGGGAGGACAACAGGAUCUGGUACCUCGAGAAGGAGAAAAGGAAGCAGUGGACUCCCAAUCAAAGCUCCUCCGCUCCCCAUGAGGUGGAACAAGAAGGUUGCCGUCAGGUUUAUCUCUUUACCCUUCAGCCACUAGACAUUGAAGACUUCAGAACCUGCAACACCCAGCUGCAGACAGUGCCAAACUCGCUGUUCGUGUCCAAGUCUAUCUGCAGCCUGCAGACCACCGACGGCAUCCGAGCUUUGGUGGGGUGGAAACUCACAGAGAUAAAGUACAGUUAUAAGGAUAAUAUGGAUCUGGUGGAAGUCAGAAUCCUAGCAGACGAAGAAAUAGAGAAAACACUGAAAGAGAAAUUCAAUAUAACACUAGACAAGAAACUUGUACCCAUCAAUAAAAGCAGGUUGUCUCUGUUUUAACUCACUGCAGUGGCAUUAUGUGCAAUCUUUCCCUCUAUUUCUGUUCUGACAAGCAUCUAAAGGUUAAGCUUACUCUUUCCAUCUACACCAGUGUAAGGCAGAACAUAUUAGCAUGGAUCUGGAAAAGAAAUUGAUUUUCACAACUGCUCCUGCAUCUCUUUUUGGAACAAAUAAUUUCUUCCUAGCUCAAUCAAAUCACUCCCCUUCUGUUUGUGCUUAGCUGGAAGCAGACUCUGCCCAUUCCUACUCCUUUCAUCUCUUAAAAGCUUUUCCAGAUACAUCCAGAGUAGCAGGGCAGAGUGAUGGAGCUGUAUGUCUCUUUCUUUAUUACUUUGCACUGCCACCUGGGGGAAAUCAUACCCACCUCUUAAAUGAAUAUCAUAUUAUUUUUGGAAUUUAAUAGCCAGAAAAACAAAACCAUCCAGUGCUGAGUUUGCUACAGUUAAGCUAUAAGCCUGUCCUUUUUGCUCUUGCAUUCACAACGGCCUCUCACGUGGCAGUCGGACAGUCCCACACCUCGGCUGCACUGUGUGGAUCCUUACGGAUGGGCUAUUUAUGGCCUAAAACCGAUAAUGAGAAAUAUUAGCAGGCAGUUCUGUCUUGGUUCAGACUUUACCUGACUCCUGUUCCCUUAGUGACAUAACCAAAAAGCAGUAUUGCUUUGAACUGAAAGCAUCUCCUAUGCAUUUUGGCUGCUCCCACCCAGCAGUGGACUGCUGGGAACACACGCUCCGCUCAUAAGUGCUACUCUUCCCCGAGUGUUCUUGCACCUUAAUUAUCAUGGCUGAACUCGAACACAGGCACAGAAUUAUUUUUCUGAAACAGAUCUGUUCUACCGAGGAUGUGUUUGCAGUGAUAUUAAUUAUAUUGAUACAAGGAGAAAUGAUGAAUCUUAAUCAGAUACCUAAAGGUUAAGAUUUUUAGCAUGAGGAAUUACUCAAAUGUAAUCACUUUGCCCUUUGCGAUGAUGCUUGCUGUUCCUUUAUGUACAAAUCAUGGAAGCAUUACA